AGGAGGUGUCGUCGAAUGACGAGAGGACGUGAUUUCUUAUGUGCCGGGGCGCUAUCGGCGGCCUCUCCAACGUCGCGGGCGCCUGGGGACCAGCGCCGGCCUCCUCCGCCGCCGUCAGACGCCGCUCAAGACAGCCGUCGGGCGGGAAGCGGCUAUCCGCAACAGGCGAUGCCCUAUCAGCAGCAGCAGGGCCUGACGCCGACGCUGGUAUUAGCCGUGCUGUCGUCCGCCGUGGGAUCCGCCUUCCAGCAUGGCUACCACCUCGGAGUCGUCAACUCACCGCAGGAGGUGCUGGAGACGUUCAUCAACGAAACGUUGGCGGAGCGCUACGGCGAACCGACGCCGCGCAGUGCGGUGACGCUGGUGUUCAGCGUGUUCGUGGCCGUGUUCUGCGUCGGCGGCAUGCUGGGCGGCCUGCUGACUGCAGUGGUGGCCGACCGGUUCGGUCGCAAGGGCGGCCUCAUGCUCAACAGCGGCCUGGUGUUCGCCGCUGCCGCGCUGCUCACGCUGGCCAGAGGAGCCGCCUCAUGCGAGCUGCUCGUCGUCGGGCGACUGGUCGCGGGCGUGAAUGCCGGUCUCACGGCGGGGCUGGCUCCCAUGUACCUGACCGAGAUAUCACCGGUGCGCUACCGGGGCGCGGCUGGCACCAUAUACCAGCUCGUGCUUACGCUGUCCAUCCUGCUGGCACAGCUGCUCGGUAUCCCACAGAUCCUGGGAAACGACGAGCUGUGGCCGUACUUAUUUGCGCUCACUGUGGUGCCAUCGGUGCUGAUGGUAGUGUCGCUGCCUUUCUGCCCGGAGUCGCCCAAGUACCUGCUUCUUGUGCGGGGGAGGCCCAAGCAAGCUGAGGAGGCGCUUGUCCGGCUCCGUGGUACACGUGACGUAGACAAAGAGAUGGCAGUCAUGAAGAACGAAGCCGAAGCUGCUGAAUUCGUGCCAAAGGUGACCCUGCCAGAGAUGAUGCGCAACGCAUCGCUUCGAGCACCGCUUAUCGUCUCGUUAAUGGUCAUGUUGGCCCAGCAGCUGUCCGGCAUUAAUGCGGCCAUCUUCUUCUCGACGGACAUAUUCAAGACGGCCGGUCUGUCCGUCGAAGGAGCUCUGCGUGCGACACUCGGCCUGGGCCUAGUCAACGUCCUCAUGACUCUGGUCUCCAUGGUCGUCGUGGAGCGUGCGGGCCGGAGGACACUGCUACUCACAGGCCUCGCUGGCAUGGCGAUAUGCACCGUCGUGCUCACCAUCACGCUAGCCCUCAAGGAACACGCUACAUGGGUGUCCUACAUCAGUAUUGCUGGUCUUGCCAUGUUCGUCAUCACAUUUGCUGUUGGUCCAGGUUCCAUACCGUGGUUUCUGGUGACGGAGCUGUUCGGCCAAGGCGCCCGUCCCAUCGCCACCAGCCUGGCGGUGGCCGUCAACUGGGCGGCCAAUUUCGUUGUGGGGCUCGCCUUCCUUCCUCUCAUGGAGGAGAUUCAGCACUUCACUUUCCUGAUCUUCACAAUGGUGCUGGUGUUCUUCUGGGUCUUCAUCUACAAGAAGCUGCCGGAGACGAAGAACAAGAGCAUCGAGGCCAUCACUAAGGUUUUCAGGGCGCGAGUCUAUCAGGAGGACGUGGCCCUGAAUAAGCUCAAUGGAAGAGCGUGACCUCCAGGCUAAGUGGCUUCUGCAGACUGAUGCACAAGUCGUCACGAGAGACUUCGGGCGAAGACUGAGCGCAGGACAUGGCUGCAGCGGUGUUACCUCGAGGUGUCCAUUCAUUUGAAUGGGCUGUCGUAAAACACAAGGCAGUGUUAAAGAAGGGAGGCCAGUUCUGAAGGCGCUGUCACACUGGAACGAUACGACUUCCGCAGCGGCUACUACUAGUAUUGCGAAUGAUCGGUCGACUGGUCUGUAAUGUCGCCAGAACGGCUUGCCACAAUUAGUUGAUACAAACGCUAACAUCACGACCUAACAAAUUUCGCUCCGAAGAAGCUAUGAAAGCGAUAUUAUCCGUAGAAUACUGGUAUACCAAUGAACUGCCGGCCGUACGCUAUGACGCAGCGCCUCGUAUUUUUUAUACACUUCAUUUACUUUGCAGACGUCGAAUUUCCCGGUGUGGGGAAUGUCACGAAAGCUUUCUUUCUUUAGCAACAACAUUUAGAGCUGCCUGGCUCGAGCAAUGCGCGCACGCCAUAUCGCGAAACGGAGCACGGCGAGGCAACGAACACCGGCUAGUGGCGUGACUGAAUGCAGUUGGGUUCGGAUGCCUGGCUAGUGCGUCUUAGACACGUGACGCGCCCGGCUCUCGCAUGCGACCCGCAUUGCGUUAAGUCUACUCACCAUUGCUACUUAAUGUAUAUACCUUCCCACUUUGAUCCCUCCUUCUUACCCGUAAGAGUGCUGCCAGCAAGAGCCUGCCCAAUGCACACGCGCGUAUGUUUGAGGUGAUUUUAGGAAUUCUGCGUUAAGGUGUGAAACGAGUCGGUUAACCACUGAUUUAAAGCAUCUCUCACGGCAUUGAAAACCAAAUCUCUGUUUUUCCUGACGUCGCUACAACACGUUGCUGACAAAAAAAAAGACACUUGGUUGACUGUAGGUCCAGUGUGGCAGCGCCAUUGCAGAGAACCGGGCACUGCAAAGACGGGGCCGGCAAUCGCUUUUGAUGAGCGACUUAUCUUGGGAGCGUCUGGGCAGAAUAGUCCGGUCAUUCCUUAUCACCUGAGCAAUCAGCGGGAGUUGAAAACUUCUGCCUCAUCAUCGAUCGACACGUGGACACCCACGAAAACCACGUGGCCAACUUUCGGCACCUCCGUGUCCUCGACCAUGACCAGGACAUUACUUUACAGUGUUGCGAGAGUUUUUGAACUGCAGUGUGUGUGUGUUUGUAUUGCAUCACUCAUGAUGACUCGGCAAGUAUUUACGUCGUAGAUGCAGCGCACUUGAAGGCGGUGAGAAUAGUCAUUGGAUGCUUGAUAACAGCCGAAGAUUCUAAUCUAAAUGCUUUGCUGAAGCGAUGCUCCAGAAGACAACUUAUACAGCUGCGCUCAAUAUGACUUGCAACACGGGAGUGCGUGGCCUCACAAGCUUUAAGAUCACCAAUGGCAUCCAUUAUUCCUUAUUUCUACAACUAAACGCUGUUCAUCUAACCCGGGGAUGAUCCCAAAUAAGAAGAUAUAUCUUGGUUGUGGAAAUUAAGGCAACUUGUAGCCACGCGCUGUCUUUGAACUCGUGAGUCCACGCGCUCCUGUGUUGCAAGUCAUAUUGAGUGCGACUGUACGCCUACAGUCCACGUAUAAUUCUUACGGGAGACUUUUCACUCCAACCGACAGAAAGAUCGAAACAAGUCAUUGCAAGCGCACCUUAUUAAAGCCUAGGCACCAUCUAGUUCGCUCAUUUUAAGGGAGCUACAUUUGACAAUACUUGGACAUAUACUAGGUAAUACUAACACUGGUCAAGCUGUACGUGUAGAGUCGUUUACGUGGUUGGAAAAAUAUAUAAUUUUAUUUGCUGGACACUGUUUGCUUAAGCACAAUCUUGCUCCUGGUGCUUGUGUAUAGAAAACCACUUUUUCAAACAAGAAAAAAAAGAAACUUGUCGGGACGUUUGUAGUAGGAAAAUAUGAACGCCAACCACAAACAACGACGGUGGAAAUCUUGAAAACUAAAGUGCUUGUACAAAUUAUUUUUUGGGUAAAUUUAGGCUGUUCCUUCCAGUGCGCUGCUUUUACAGCGGAGUAUAAAUGAAAGAAGUUUCACUCUUUCUUGUGUUUUUGUUCUGCCUGAGCAGCUAUUGAAAUUUUCUACUUCAACAUUUUUUCUUUGUUCAGCAGUGUUCACUUCGAUUUCAUCUAAACGCAGCAGUAUUGUCUCUGAUUAAGAGAUUAUUAGCUUUUCGCGUAGCUAUCGUUUAUGAUCUUAUGUCGCGACAUGAGUCUGCCGCAAAAAUAGUUCCUACUAUGCUUCAAAUCACGAAAAUGAGUGAAAAUUGCUAUUACCUGAGAAUACCAUCGUACUCUAGUAUUGUAGUUUAACCUAGAACUGGACCACUCAUUAGUAUCAACUUAGUAGCGUUGUGUUAUUGUCAAAUGGGGGACAAUUUUAUUUUCCUAUGGUUCGCAUUUUGUUUCGUUCCAUUUUUCUGCCACGAUGCAGAAAGAAAACAGCUGAAGUCGAACCUCUUUCAUUACUAGGUUUUUCGUACCUGCUUACACUUAGCUGUUGUAUUAUUUUUAUGACGUAUGGAGGACCAGAGCUGGUAAAGCUGCCCAUCUAUUGUUUACAAGUAUUAUACCUCUGUCUCAAGUAGUAAUAUUCAGGGCUUAACGAAGGCCGAUUCCUUGCAUUCUGCUUUUUAAUCUUGUGUUGCUGUGUAGUCGAAAUAAGUUUGCAAGCUUAUAAACAUUGUGUUCCUCAGUUGGACGGCAUGGAAAAAAAUAAGGCAAUAAGGAGAUUGCGACAGCAAGUACUUCCAUAUCUUUAAGCGAAAACGCUUCGGCCCCUGCUUACUCUGAAGAUAAAGGAAUUGAAUCCUUAACAAAAAGACCUUUGAAAAUGCAUAGUAGAUAAGCAUCUUUAAAGGCACAGGCUUUCUUUUACGCGUUAUACAUCGUGCAAUGUUGAGCAAGCGUGCUGCAUCCACAAAUUAUCUCCGCAAAGCUUUUCUAAAGAAACUACAGUUGUUCGCCACAAUGUAAGCACAGCGCAAUCGACGUCCUUGUACAGAUGAACGACUACCGUGACAGCCAUUUCACCGGACCAGCUGUUUUGCGCAAGAGGCACUAUAGUUGGCUACAAAAUUUAUGACGCACGCGAUGUGCACAUUGCCGACAUCUUAUAAGCGCAAGUGUGCUUGCUUUUUGGUUUAAUUUUUUGUUUUCUUUUUGAUUGCUUAAGUCAGUGACCAAAUGCGUGAAUCUUAUGCAGGGGUAAGAAGUACAAAGAAGUGCCUCAGCUGGCUUAGGCAUCCUAGGCCGCUGGCAUAUUUGCUACUAUUUUUGUACAAUAACUGACGAUGAAAAUAAACAUAUGUGUGUCGUAGUAAUGUGC